UCUAUAUUCAGAAAAACAGGAAGAGGGCGGAAUUCCAAAACGAAGGAACCGGAAGUUGCUCAAAGCUUUUCCCACGCGGCUUGUGUUCAUGAGAACAAGUUCCGGGCAAGUUUACCUUCGAGGAGUCUGAUUCUUUCGCCAGUUGGAACAGCCGUUAUUCCCGGAGAAGAAGAAGAUGGUGCGCAAACUGAAGUUUCAUGAGCAAAAGCUCCUCAAGAAGUUAGAUCUAAUCAACUGGGAAGCUUCUGCCGGCAACCUUGCUGAGUUGCGUGUUAUCCGUCGCUUCCACUUGCAGCGCAGGGAAGAUUACACGCGCUACAACCAACUGAGCCGAGCCGUUCGGGAGUUGGCUCGCCGCAUCAGAGACCUGGGGGAUGCCCCAGAGUCAGCAGCUUUCCGGGCUCGGAGUACCUCCGCGCUCCUGGAGAAGUGUUAUGCCAUGGGGCUGAUUGCUUCCAGAAGCUCCUUGGAGAUUUGCGACCGUGUCUCGGGGUCUUCCUUCUGCCGCCGGCGCCUGCCUUGCCUGCUUCUGAAGCUGCGCAUGGCCCAGAAUCUGAAAUCGGCGGUGACCUUUGUGGAGCAAGGACAUGUGCGGGUGGGGCCGGAGGUCGUGACAGACCCGGCAUUUUUGGUGACCCGGGCCAUGGAGGACUUCGUCACCUGGACGGACUCCUCUCGUAUACGCCAGCAUGUGCUGAACUACAACCAAGAACGGGAUGAUUUUGACUUGGCCUGUUAGGAAGAAUUUGACUUUCCCAUGUGGACUGCUUUAAGGAGAAAGGCGGGGGUUAAGAAGUUUUUUAAAAAACAUGUAUAACAAAUAAAUAUGCCUGAAAGCCUGGUCUCACCAUU